AUGAAUGAAAAAUGUGAAGAAGUAAAACUAAAAUAUUACACUUGUUUAAAUAAUAGCAAAAGAAACCCAAGCAAGUGCAAGUAUAUUGAAACUGAAUUAAGGGAAUGUUCAAAAACGACAGGGGAAUCCUACUGCAUAGAUGAAAUUAAUAAUCUAAUGGAGUGCUCAAGAUCACCUGAUUCUUCAGUUUGUGCUAAAGAUUUUUUUCUUUUCCGAGAAUGUAACAGACCCGAUGGACCACACAUGCUCAUGGAAGACAACAAAUAUGUAAUUGCAACAAAGCAUCUGGAUAAAUAUAACGUCAAUAAUGCGAUAAUAGGAUUAGCCGAUGCACCUGAACGAAACAACACAAACACAGCAUCCUUCUUACAAAAAAUGAAGGAAACAUUACACCUAAAAAAUUUUAAGGAAAAAUUUGUUGCAUAUAAAUGGUGA